UAGAUUUCCCCAUUACCAUCACAUUAUUAACUUGCCGCUAAUAAUUGAUCGAGAAUCAUGCAUUACCAUCUUUGAGGAGAUUGUUAUGCUUUGUAUUCAUAUAUAAAUGUGUAAGACCGACGAGCUGUCAACCAGGACAUGGAAAGAUAACUUUGAGAUUUUGCAAAGGCGCUUGAGUCCGUUCUUUCUUUCAUCCGUCCGUUGAUAUAUUAUGGAGGGGAAGUUUGUGGCGGCUGUGCUGGCGGUGCUGCUAGUGACCACCGCCGGGAUGAUGGGCUCUGCUUCGGCAGACAAAUUCACCCAAUGUUACGACGCUUGCAUGACGGAGUGCGGCCACAACGGGAGCUUCGAAGUUUGCGCGACGCUGUGCGUCGAUCGGUGUAGGAAACAGGGUGGCGGGAGAAGACUGCUUUGGUCGACGACGGCGCAAGGGUCAAUCGACGGCGGCGACAGUAAGCAAUAAGCUCGAUCGCUCAAGGGUGUUCUCUUCACUAUGUUGUUUUAAUUUAUUUAUUUUUCUCGCCGAAUUAUGUUCGUUUUGAUUUUGUCGAAGAAUAAAACAAAUAGUAACGG